GGUAACAAGAAUAAUUUAUUUUAAAAAGUGGCUUUCGAAGAUACGUGUAAUAAUCCAAAGAAGCUGGUUGAGUUCGCUGAGCCACGGAGAUGGUUGCUAGAAUCUUCUCUUACUUAACAUACGCUGGUCUCGCUGCAAGCUGGGACAUAACAUUCACUGAACAACAGGUUAAGUGCUACAUGAAGCACAUACUCUCGGGGGCUCGAGCACUGCCAUUGACUUGUGGAGCGCCGGUUGAAUUGCGUUAAGAAGAGAAGGUGAUCCCGAAGAUGCAAAGUCACAACUUCAAAUAAAUAAACCUUGAAUUUAGUAAAAAAACAUUUUUUGGAAACAGUGGAGGAAGAGGGGUGAUAUAGUCAUUUCGUAGCUUCUCCAUGAGUCCACCACGGAGCCACCACCGUACCCAAACAAUUCUUCUCAACGUAAAAAAAAGUAGGAACACUGAGCUGAAACGCCUGUAGAGAGAGAGAGAGAGAAGGAGACAGAUCUAGAAUGAAGAAGAUGAGUUGAGCUAUGCUAAGAAGAAAAUCAGACGAACUAUUCUUUCAGGUUACUACCGAUUUCUUCGGCUAUGUUUCGUCUCCAUUUUGGCUUUCACUGACUUGAGGAAGUUGGUGUACUCUUAGCACUGAGAGCGCCGCCUUUGAACUUGCAACAUUCUUGUUUCUGAUUAAUUUAAUAUCGUCACAGUUCGGUGUGUAAUCUUGCUUGGAAAAAUGGCUGCUUUUGGGAAUGCCAACACUAAACGCUAUUCUUGGUGGUGGGGUAGUCACAUUAGCCCCAAGAACUCUAAAUGGCUCCAGGAGAAUCUUACAGAUAUGGAUAGUAAAGUCAAGCAAAUGAUCAAAGUUAUCGAAGAAGAUGCAGAUUCCUUUGCUAGGCGAGCAGAAAUGUACUACAAAAAGCGGCCUGAACUUAUGAAACUGGUUGAAGAGUUUUAUAGAGCAUACCGUGCUUUAGCUGAAAGAUAUGACCACGCCACCGGUGUCAUUCGUCAUGCUCAGCAGACUAUGGCAGAAGCAUUCCCGAACCAAGACCCCGUGAUGUUUGGUGAGGAGUCGCUUCUUGGUCCAUCCACCCCCGAUGAGUUUGAUCCGCAAACGCCUGAGAGUUAUCCUCCUAUCCGAGCUCCCGUUUACCCCAGUGACUUGCAGAAAGGUGCGUUGGGGAUCUCUUCCUCUCAUAUGAGCACCGUAAAGCGAAAUAUAGCCUUCAUGGAAGAUCCUCAGUCUAACGGGAAAGGCUUGAAAAUUGGAAAGGCGAGGAGAGGGUUGAACUUCAAUGAUGCUGAUGGAAUUAACGGGAGAAAUGCAAAGGUUCUUUCGGAAUCUGAACGUGCAAGCAAAGCUGAAGCUGAAAUCUUGGCUUUAAAAGAUGCUCUUACGAAAGUGCAGGCUGAAAAGGAAGAUAGCCUAGCUCAGUUUGAUCAGCAUUUGGAGAGGCUGUCUAAUAUGGAGUCUGAGGUAUCUCGUGCGCAAGAAGACUCCAGGUGUUUUAAUGAACGAGCUACAAGAGCCGAAGCUGAGGUCCAAACACUCAGAGAAACGCUCAGCAAACUGGAAAUUGAGAAGGAGUCUAGUCUUCUUCAGUAUCAGCAAUGUAUUGAAAACAUAGCUGGUUUGGAGGAACGCAUCUCUCUAGCUCAGAAGGAGGCUGGGGAAGUAAAUGAGCGAGCGAGCAGAGCCGAAGCUGAAAUUAUAACCUUGAAGCAAAGCCUUGUUGGAUCUGAAACUGACAAGGAAGCUGCUCUUGUUCGGUAUCAACAAUGCUUGGAAACCAUAUCUAACCUGGAAGAGAGGUUGCGCAAGGCUGAGGAAGAUGCGAGGUUAAUGAAUCAGCGGGCAGAAAACGCUGACGGUGAAGUGGAAAGCUUAAAGGCAAAGGUCUCAAGAUUGACUCAAGAAAACGAAGCUUAUGAACUUCAGUACCAACAGUGUCUGGAGACGAUUGCAGACCUAAAACUCAAGCUGUUUCAUGCUCAAGAAGAAACCCAAAGACUUAGUCGUGAGAUAGAGGAUGGGGUUGCUAAGUUAAAAUUUGCAGAGGAGAAAUGUGUAGUGCUCGAGAGAUCAAACCAGAAUCUGCACUCUGAGCUGGAUGGUCUAUUGGAAAAACUUGGGAAUCAAAGUCACGAGCUCACGGAAAAACAGAAAGAGAUGGGAAAGUUGUGGACUACCAUACAAGAAGAACACUUGCGUUUCGUGGAGGCUGAGACGGCCUUUCAGACCCUGCAACAGUUGCAUUCUCAGUCUCAGGAGGAGCUUAACACUUCGGCGCUGGAACUGCAAAAUAGGUCUCAGAUCCUGAAAGAUAUGGAGGCGCGGAACAGUGAUUUAUUGGAGGAAGUCCAAGAAGCAAAAAACGAGAACAAUAUUCUCAAUGAGCUCAAUCUCACUUCGGCUGCAUCCGUUAAAAGUUUGCACGAGGAGGUCUCAAGAUUACAGGAAACGAUACAGAAACUUGAAGCAGAAGUUGAACUGAGAGUGGACCAGAGGAAUGCUCUGCAGCAAGAGAUAUACUGUCUUAAAGAGGAGUUAAGCCAGAUGGGAAAGAAACACCAGUCCAUUCUUGAACAGGUGGAGUUGGUCGGUUUACAUCCAGAAGGCUUUGGAUCUUCUAUCAAGGAGCUGCAGGAGGAGCACUCAAAGCUAAAGGAAAUAAAGGAAAGAGAAAGUAUCGAAAAGACGGCCCUACUUGAGAAGUUAGAAUUGAUGGAAAAGCUUGUUCAGAAAAAUCUUCUCCUGGAGAACUCCAUAUCAGAUUUGAACUCUGAGCUGAAAACAAUCAGAGGGGAGCUAAAGACAUUGGAGGAAGCUUGUGUGUCACUUGCAGAAGAGAAAUCAGGGCUUCACUUUGAGAAGAACAUGUUGGUUUCCCGUUUGCAGAAUGCUACAGAAGACAGCAAGAAACUCUCUGAGGAAAACAGUUUACUGGAGAACUCUCUUUCUGAUGCGAAUGCAGAACUUGAAGCACUCAAGUCAAAAUUGAAAAGCCUAGAAAACUCAUGCCACUUGCUGAAUGAUGACAAGUCCAGUUUAGUUAAUGAAAGAGAAAUCUUACUAUCUUAUAUGGAUAUAAUGAGGAAAAACAUUGAAGAUCUGGAGAAAGAACAGGCAGAGUUGAAUGUGAAAGUGUUGGAGUUAGCGACCGAGAGGGAAUCUUGUCUUCAUAAAAUUAAAGAGCUUGGAGUGUCUCUAGAUUCCAAGGACCGUGACCAUGCUAGUUUUAUGCAACUUUCUGAGAGUCAGAUGAAUGGCAUGAAAUCAAAGAUCUAUCAUCUUCAAGAUGAAAAUCAACGCAAGGAGAGAGAGUAUCAAGAUAGAGCUCAUGACGCUCACGUUGAGAUUAUUGUUCUGCAGAAAUGUUUGCAGGAGUGGCUUAAGAAGAGUUCCUCUCUCGUUGCUGAGAAUCAGAAUCUCAAACAAGCUGGUCAUCUGUUAGAGAAGUUAGUUUCUGAACUGGAACAUGAAAAUAUUGGGAAACAAGUGCAGAUCGAUUCUUCAGUUAAUUGCAUUAAAGUACUGAGAACAGGGAUCUACCAGGUAUUAAUGAAGCUUGAAGUUAUCCCAGGUAUAGAUUCCGGUGAUGAGAACUCACAAGACCAGAAAAAUAUUCAUGAGGUAUUGAGUAGACUUGAUGAGAUGCAAACUAUGCUUUUGAAGAUUCAGAGAGAAAACCAUCAGGGCACUAUUGAGAACCUAGUCCUUGUUGAGUUUCUUCGGCAGCUGAAAUCAGAAGCUGUUGGUAUUGCAACAGGGAAGAAAGUCCUUGAAAAGGAACUUGAAUCUGAGCGUUCUCAGCUCUUGCUUUUGCGGGAUGAGAUCCAGAAACUUAUCAACAUGAAUGGAGAAUUAACCACAGAGGUUAAUCAAGGAGUUGACAGAGAAGAAGUCUUGACGGUGAAAAUUGAGGAUGUGCGUAGGCAGUCAGCCAUUGAGAACCUCGUCCUUGUUGAAUUAAUUAAGCAACUUAAAUCAGAAGCUCUUGGUAUUACAACUGAGAAGAGUGCCCUUGAGGAAGAACUUGAAUCUCACCGUGACCAGCUCUCUUUUUCGCGGAAUGAGAUCAAGAACCUUAGCUACUUGAUUGGAGAAUUGACCACAAAAGUUGAUCAAGGAAUCACCAGAGAAGAAGUCUUGAAGGUGGAAGUUGAUGAUUUGUACAAGCAGUCAGCCAUUGAGAACCUCGUCCUUGUUGAAUUUCUUAAGCAACUUAAGUCAAUAGCUGCUGGUAUUGCAACCGAGAAGAGUGCUCUUGAGGAAGAACUUGAAUCUCACGGUGACCAGCUCUCUUUUUCGCAGAAUGAGGCCAAGAAUCUUAACCACAUGAUUGGAGAACUGACUACAAAAAUUAAUCAAGGAGUGAACAGAGAAAAAGUCUUGAAGGUGGAAGUUGAUCAAGGAGUUGACAGAGAAAAAGUGCUGAAGGUGGAAAUUGAGGAUUUGCACAGGCAGUCAGCUAUUGAGAACUUUGUCCUUGUUGAAUUCCUUCAUCAACUUAAAUCAGAAGCUGUUGAUAUUGCAACUGAGAAGGAAACUCUUGAGGAAGAACUUGAAUCUAAGUGUUGUCAGCUAUCGUUUUCGCGGGAUGAGGCCAAGAACCUUAGCCACAUGAUUGAAGAAUUGACUACAAAAGUUAAUCAAAGAGUAAACAGAGAAGAAGUCUUGAAAGUGGAAGUUGAUGAUUUGCACAUGCAGUCUGCCAUUAAGAACCUCGUCCUUGUUGAAUUUCUUACGAAAUUUAAAUCAGAAGCUGUUUGUAUUGCAACUGAGAAGGAAAGCCUUGAAGAAGAACUUGAAUCUCAGCAUUCCAAGCUCUUGCUUUCUCUGGAUGAGACUCAGAAACUUAUCAACAUGAUUGGAGAAUUAACCACAAAAAUUAAUCAAGGAGUCAACAGAGAAGAAGCCUUGAAGGUUGAAAAUGAGGAUUUGCACAUGCAGUCUGCCAUUGAGAAUCUCGUCCUUGUUGAAUUCCUUCAAGAACUUAAAUCAGAAGCUGUUGGCGUUGCAAGUGAGAAGAAAAACCUUGAGGAAGAACUUGAAUCUAAGCGUUACCAGCUAUUGAUUUUGCGGGAUGAGGCCAAGAACCACAUCUACUUGAUUGGAGAUUUGACCACAAAAGUUAAUGAAGGAGUGAACAGAGAAGAAGUCUUGAAGGUAGAAGCUGAUGAUUUGCACAUGCAGUCUGCCAUUGAAAACCUCGUCCUUGUUGAAUUUUUUCGGUCACAAGCUGUUGGCAUUGCAACUGAGAAGAGAACCCUUGAGGAAGAACUUCAGUCUCAGCUUUGCCUGCUAUCGUUUUCGCAGGAUGAGACCAAAAAACUUAGCCACAUGAUUGAAGAAUUGACUACAAAGGUUAAUCAAGGAGUCAACAGAGAAGAAGUCUUGAAUGUGACAAUUGAGGAUUUGCAAAUGCUGUCUGCCCUUAAGAACCUCGUUCUUGUUGAAUUUCUUCAGCAACUUAAAUCAGAAGCUAUUGGUAUUGCAACUGAGAAGCAAGCCCUUGAAGAAGAACUUGUAUCUCAGCGUUCCAAGCUCUCUUUUUCUCGAGAUGAGGCACAGAAACUUAUCUACAUGAAUGGAGAACUGACCAAAAAAGUGAAUCAAGGAGUCGACAGAGAAGAAGUUUUGAAAGGGAAAAAUGAGGAUUUGCAAAUGCUGUCUGCUAUUAAGAACCUCGUUUUUGUUGAAUUUCUUCAGCAACUUAAAUCAGAAGCUGUUGGUAUUGCAACUGAGAAGGAAAACCUUGAAGAAGAACUUGAGUCUAAGAGUUACCAGCUUUGGAUUUCGCAGGAUGAGACCAAGAACCUUAACUACAUGAUUGGAGAACUGACAACAAAGGUUAAUCAAGGAGUCAACAGAGAAGAAGUCUUGAAGGUUGAAUUUGAGGAUUUGCAGAUGCAGUCUGCCACUGAAAACCUUGUCCUUGCUGAAUUUUUUAAGCAAUUCAAAUCUGAAGCUGCUGGUAUUGCAAAAACUCUUGAGGACGAACUUGAAUCUCUGCAUUCCAAGCUCUCUUUUUCGCGGGAUGAGACCAAGAAACUUAUCUACUUGAAUGGAGAACUGACCACAAAAAUGAAUCAAGGAGUCAGCAGAGAAGAAGUCUUGAAGGUUGAAAAUGAGGAUUUUCAAAUGCUGUCUGCCAUUAAGAACCUCGUCCUUGUUGAAUCUCUUUGUCAACUCAAAUCAGAAGCAGUUUGUAUUGCAACUGAGAAAAAAUUCCUUGAAGAAGAACUUGAAUCUCAGCGUUCCAAGUUCUCGCUUUCUCGGGACGAGACUCAGGAACUUAUCUACAUGAAUGGAGAACUGACCACAAAAAUUAAAGAAGGAGUCAGCAGAGAAGAAGUAUUGAAUGUGGAAAUUGAGGAUUUGCACAUGCAAGUCUUGCAACUUCGAAAUGAGUUCACCAUUUUGCAGCGAGAUAACUACAAAAAUUUGGACAAGAAUAGUUACUUGACUAACUCAACACUGCGGUUAGAGGAGGAGAAACGUAAACUAGAAGAGGACAUCUCUUUGCUUCUUUCCGAGACUGUAUACCAAAGCAGUCUCUUUAUUCUUUUGGAGGAUCUCGUUUUGGAAAAACUUUCGGAAGCGGUGAAACUCAAAGAGGAUCUGGAGAGGCUCAGUUUUGUUAAGUGUAAGCUAGAGGAAGAGGUGAGGGAGGUUGGUGAUAAGUUAAGAUCCACAGAAACUGAGAACUUGCAGCUUGAAGGUUUGCUAGAGAAAACGGACGCAGAACUGCUCUCUGCCAGAUCAGACAAUGAUCAGUUGGAGCAUGAAAUUGCUAACGUGAAGGAUGAGUUGGUUCAGAAGGAGAAAGAACUCUUAGAAGCUAUGCUGAUGAUCUCCGUCUUGCAGAGUGGAAACUCUGAACUAUCCAAGGCUGUGGAGGAUUUAGAAUGUAGAUACAAGGAAACUAAAGCUAUAGAAGAAGAUAAAGAUAAACAUGUUUUAAAACUCCAGGAAGAUUACAGUGAGCAGAUUAAGAAGACUGCUCAUGCAAAUGAAGCUAAUAUGAAACUGGAAGCUGACUUGUUGAACUUACUCAUGAAACUGGAAGGAAUCAAAGCGGAGAAGGAAAAUCUGAACCAAAAGCUUUCCAAAGAGAAGAACAAGGUCGAACUAUGGGAGUCUCAAGCUUCAACGUUGUUUGGAGAUUUGCAGGUUUCAGUUGUUCAUGAAACGUUCCUGAAAGGAUUGACGCAUGAGCUAGCGGAAUCUUACAGUAACCUUGAAAAUAAAAGCACACUAAAAGAUAUAGAGAUUGACCAGCUGAACCAGGAGCUUUCCAAAGAGAAGAAUGAGGUUGAACUAUGGGAGUGUCAAGCGUCAACGUUGUUUGGAGAUUUGCAGAUUUUAGUUGUUCAUAAAACAUUGUUUGAAGGGUUGGUCCAUGAGCUAGCGGAAGCCUGCAAUAACCUUGAGAAUAGAUGCAUAUCAAAAGACGUUGAGAUUGACCAGCUUAGAGGAAGUGUGAACAACUUAGAGGAUGCGAAGAAAGGACAAGACGAUCUUAUGAGCAAAUACGCUCAAGCUAUAAUCUUGUUGAAGGAAAGCAUAGAAUCUCUGGAAAAACAUACUGCCAUGCCACAUGAACUCGAGGAUGAACCAACCAAGGACACUGCUUCUAUGGUGGUGGAUAACAACGAGGGAUUCUUAGAGUUGCAAGAGAUGUGUUUGAGAAUCAGAGCUGUUGAAGAGGCCUUAACCAAGAAGCUUGCAAUGGAAGAACUAAAAACAUCUGACCGAAGAAGCAGAAGGAGAAGUGGAAGUCUCCGGAAACAGAACCAUGAAAUCUAUCCGCAGGAAAGUGAAAUGAUCACGAAAGAUAUCGUACUGGAUCAAGUCUCUGACUGCUCAUCGUAUGGGAUUAGCAAGAGAGACAUUCUGAAGAUAGAAGAAGAUGAUCACGUUUUUGAGGUACAGACAGGUAGAACCUUGUUUGAAGAGUCACUGGUUGUGGACAAACUAGAGAUCUCCGAUAGAUUCACUGAUCCAAACAAAGAAGUAAACAAGAGGAAAGUUCUCGAGAGGCUUCAUUCUGAUCUACAGAAGCUCUCGAAUCUUCACAUAGCCGUGGAAGAUUUGAAAACCAAAGUGGAGAGAGAUGAGAGAAGCGAGAAAGGGAAAGAAGACGAAUACGAAACGGUCAAGGGACAGAUCCACGAAGCAGAGGAAGCGUUAGAGAAGCUUCUAAGCGUCAACAGGAAGCUGGUGACGAAAGUGGUAAGCGGGUUCGAGAUAACAGACGGGAGCAAGUCAUCAGUGGAUCUCGAUGAGGAUGAGAGAAGCAGGAGGAGGCGAAUAUCAGAACAAGCAAGAAGAGGUUCAGAGAAGAUUGGUAGGUUGCAGUUUGAGAUACAGAGGUUACAGCAUUUGUUACUGAAGUUAGAAGGAGAAAGAGAGGAUGGAGCUAAAGCUAAGACGUCGGCGGAUAGCAAAACGAGGACUCUUCUUAAGGAUUAUAUCUAUGGAGGAGUGAGAGGUGAACGAAGGAAGAGGUUGAAGAAGCGGUUUGCGUUUUGUGGGUGUGUGCAACAACCACCUCCAUCUCCUUGAUCGUUUUUGAAACUAGUUCUUGUUGUUGAGAGUAAACGUAAUAAUAAUGGAAGUGAAUUCAAGUUUUAUAUACAUGAAUAAGAAACAAAACACCUUUGGUAACA